AUGUUGAACAAAUUACCGAAGAAGAAGGGUGACCCGGGAAGCUUAACAUUGCCUUGCCAAUUUGGGAAUUUGGCCACGAUUCAUUCUUUGGCUGAUUCGGGAGCAAGUGUAAAUCUCAUGCCAUAUUCGUUUUUCAAGAAAUUAGAUCUCCCGGAGCCGAGGCCAAUUCGAAUGGCAAUCCACUUAGCAAAUAAAUCGGUUACAUUCCCAAGAGGAAUAUGCGAAGAUCUAUUGGUGAAGGUUCAUAAGUUCGUGUUCCCCGUGGACUUUAUAAUUUUAGACAUGGAAGUGGAUUCUCAAGUCCCAAUCAUCCUUGGAAUACCUUUCCUUAACACCGCAAGCGCUAUAGUUGACAUGCGAGAUUCAAAACUUACUCUACGGGUGGGAGAUGAAUCAGUCACUUUCGGGGUUGAUCAAGCCAUGAAGCAUGCAAGGAAUAGUGAUGACACUGCAUUUGCGAUUGAUAUGUUGGAUGAAUUAAUGGAGGAAUGGAAUAAUGAAGAACCAAACAAGUCCACUAUCACCUUUGAUGAAGAACUUGAUGUUGAAAGAGAACUACUGGAAAUAGAGAGACUGUUGGAAGAAGCUUAUUAUAAUGAAUUAAUAAAGACCACUGAAAAACCUACUCGCCGAGUAGCCCCGAUCUACUCACUGAGUCCAUACGAAGAACCCAGAUUAAUCACGAAUUCUGCCCAGGACUCGACGAGUCCCCUCACUAGACUCGACGUGUUCACCAUUCAGAACACGAAAAUUGAGCUGAAAUCACUACCAGAUCACUUGGAGUACGCAUUUCUUGAAGAAGGCCAACAAAAACCAGUAAUUAUAGGUGCUGAUUUGGUCAAACAUGAAAAAGAAAGUCUUGUAGAUGUACUAAAGAAGAGGCAAGGUGAUAUAGCAUGGAAGAUUACCGACAUCAAAGGAAUUACUCCAACAUAUUGUUCUCAUAAAAUUAACUUAGAAGAGGGGGGCUAA